GGGGGUGGCGAUGGUACCCUACGCGCACAGAUUCGUCGUCCUCCCCCAAUUCCAGAGCUUCUUGGAGUGCAAAUCCGAAUCGGAAAGCGGCGGAGCUCAUCGAUCUCGCCGGCAAAUCGGAAGGAAUUCGCCGGAGAGAGAGAGAGAGGGAGGGAGGAUAUGGCAGGUGCUGGAAUGCACCCCUACCACCAGCAAUGGGCCCCCGCCACCGCCGCCGCUCCGCCCCCAGCCCCAGCGCCCGCCGUCGCCGCUCCCCCUCCCCCGCCCCACGCCCACCCCUCUCCCAUCGCUUCUCACGACGAGGUCCGGACGAUCUUCAUCACCGGCCUCCCGGACGAUGUCAAAGAGAGGGAGCUCCAGAAUCUGCUCAGGUGGUUGCCCGGCUACGAGGCGUCGCAAGUGAACUUCAAAGGCGAAAAGCCUAUGGGUUUUGCGCUGUUCUCGACGGCUCAGCUCGCGCUUGCCGCUAAGGACACGCUGCAGGAUAUGGUUUUCGAUGCGGAGUCAAAAUCCGUCUUACACACCGAGAUGGCCAAGAAGAAUCUGUUUGUCAAGAGAGGAAUUGUGGCAGAUUCUGGAGUUUACGACCAAAGUAAACGCAUGCGAACUGGUGGUGACUAUACCCACGCUGGCUAUGCCAGUCCCUCUCCAUUUCACCCCCCUCCAGCACCUGUUUGGGGACCACAUGGGUAUAUGGCUCCCCCUCCUCCUCCACCUUAUGAUCCAUAUGCAGCUUAUCCUGUAUCUGCGGUGCCAAUGCCUGCUCCUGCUCCUGUUCCAGCACCUACCAACUAUGUGCCUGUACAGAACAUGAAAGACAAUCCCCCAUGCAAUACCUUGUUUAUUGGGAAUCUUGGGGAGAAUGUGAACGAGGAAGAGCUCAGGGGUCUUUUCUCUGUGCAACCUGGUUUUAAGCAGAUGAAGAUCCUUAGGCAGGAAAGACAUACGGUUUGCUUCAUUGAGUUUGAAGAUGUUAAUAGCGCCACAAAUGUACAUCACAGUUUGCAGGGUGCUGUUAUCUCGAGCUCUGGUUCUGUUGGCAUGCGAAUUCAAUACUCAAAGAACCCAUUUGGGAAAAGAAAGGAUGCCAGCCAGCUUGUUGCAGCUCCAGGUGCCAAUGGAGCUCCACAGACUAUGACUUAUCAGUAGCUUGAAGGGGACGUACUCUGUUUCUCAUGCUCAACAAAAUCGAACUGCCUGAUCAUAGGAUGCAUCUUGCAGCUGUUCCAUGCAUCCAUUCACCAUCAAGUCAUGAACAUUGGCAUCUCUCUCUUCAUGUGGAUGAGAACACCUAGAUAGUUGUAUCAUUAACAUGUCAUCUGGCCAUGUUAUAGUUACUGAAGUCAUGCAUUUGUUAAGCAGGACAUACUUUUGCCUGGAUUAGUUUAUAGAGGUUGACAUAUUUAUCUGUACGUUUGUCUGGUGCAUCAGUCUGCACUAUAUUUGGUUUAUUUGCUUUAGCACCUCAGUUGCCAUUCAGUUCAUUGACAUAAGCAAUCACAAAGUCCAUCAGUAGAUGACAUGUCAUGCAGAUGUAGUGGGCUAUUGAAAGCCUAAACAUAUCAUGGACAUGGAGAUAACGAUAUUCGGACAUUGGAAAAACACCCUCUAUCAUCUUUAACUGUCUCAUAGCAUUAUUACUCUUGCCAUUAUAACAACAUCAGUCAUAGACAUAUAGCGAGUUGAAUAUCCUUGUGUCCCAAGCGAGGAAGUCAUUACACUGUUUUGGCAGAAUUAUUCAGAGAAUCGAGAUUACAAGUUGCUGUGACUUUGGUACAGGCUCGGUAAUUAACAAAUGAGAAAGCGCCGUACUUCUGAGGAGGUCCAAGCGCUGCAGCUGCUUUUUCUAACAGGUGAUUUUGCUUUUAGGCAGGAGUGCUCUUAGAUUAGCGUCCCUCCCUUAAGUUGACAGAUUCACGGGGCAGAUCUUAUCUUGAAUUUAGAACUGUACAGAAAGUUCUUUCGAGGCAUAUCUUCAAUUUUCGGAUAAUCGUAGUCAUAAGAGCUUUCUGAUGUAUGAACUUGAAAUUUCAAAGUCAGGUGCUGACAUGAUGCGCUCACUCAAUCCUCCAAUUUGUUUAA